AUGUCCACACGGAAGCCGCCUCCGGGUAAGGGACCCGGAGGAGUCAAACCGGACCUGGAAAAAGCGGGUGAGACAGAAGAGGAUCUUUCGCGGAUCUCUUUAGAAAGCCUUCAAGCAGAAGUGGAGCAAGCCCGAGAACAGCUGGCAAAAUGCAAAGCCGAUCGCCUCUAUGUACAGCUCGAGAAGGACAUCAUCAGCCGUUUUCGAGAUGCGUGUCGAAACAAGAGCUCCGAUUUAGACCGAAAAUUGCUCCUACACGACGCCCGCGUAGAGAACAUCGUGCGGCAACACCGUGCAGAAAUUCUAGCGUACGAGCAGAAAAUUGACAGCCUAGAACACGCACACAAGCUAGUGAAGACAGACAUUCAGACUAAAGGGGAAGAUGCGGUCUUGGAAGAGGACUUUGUGGACGAUACGGUGGUAAAUGUACACCACAAAACUCUCUCGAAACUUGAGUCAGCUGCAGCAAAACAACUGAAAGCCCAAGAGCAGGAAAUCUCCAACCUGGAGAACGCGUUUGAGCAGCACUUGACCAAGCUUGGGGAGAGGUUCCAGCGCUCUUUUGAGGAGCUGAGGAACAAAUACGAACAACAGUUUGAGGAAGCACGUCAAACUCUCGAGCUCCGAGAGAAAGUCGAAGUUCACGAGGUGGAGGAGCGCAAGAACCUUCACAUCAAUGAGUUAAUGGCUAGUCAUCGUAGCGCGUUUGAGCAGAUCAAAGCUGAGCUACAGUUCCCAAUGCCAUCGAAUGCAGCGUAUUACAAUGACAUUACACACGAUAACUUACAACUCAUCAAGGAGCUGCGGAAAGACAUUACUGAAAUGAAGGCUCGGGCGAAGAUCACGUAUAAACAGAUGCAAGAGACACAACAAGAAAACGUGCAACUGAGAGAGCCUCUCCGCCAGCAACAACAACUCAAAGUGAAACUCGAGCAACAACUCCGCUUCUAUGUCAAAGACAAGAUGGCGCUGCAAAAUAUUCGUGCGCGAGAUACACAGCUGGAAGAAAAGGUGAAGGCAGCAAAACAACAUAAUCAUCAGGUGGAACAGCAGAAGCACAAGUUAGAACGUGAUAUCGGGGAAUACACCCGGCGAUUACGGAACUUACAAAGUGACACGAACCUCAGAACUCAAGCAAAGGUCAUGCUCUACGAGCAGAAAGUCAAGAAAAUGCUCACGUCUCUGGAAGAGAAGUUCCGUGAACGGCAACGGCUGGUCACAACCUUGAAACUGAGUCCCGAAGCGGCCAUGCAUAUUGAAGAGCUUCUCCGUCGGAGCUUCUGUGAGAAGAACGACGAGAUCGAGACUCUGCGGGCUGAGCUUCAGAGGAUUGCAAAGAGUUACAAUGAUACUGUAUUAGCAAUGAAAAGCCGGCUGAAACAGUUGGGGGUAAACAGCGACGCUCUCGACUUUGAACUUGUUCAGGAUACGGAGUUCAUUUCAACUGUCCCCGCACCAUACCUCACUACGACUGUGCCCGUCGCGAAAGGAAAUCCAAUCCUGGAAAUAUAA